CUGGUAAAAAGACUGUCAAGGAAUAACUCCGUUAGGGAAGUUCGCAGGCCAGCGAAAAAAUCCCACACAUGCCAGUUCUUGCUAUUGGUGUGUCCUGUGCGCGGGCAAUCGACUGCGCCACCGGUAAACACUGGCAUUAAAAGCCAACGUGCAAGUAGCUUCUGCGUCACCGGUGUUACAAACGAACUCCGCCAAACCUUGUCAUUUUAGUUGAUGUUUUGCCAGUGUUAACCAGUGACAAGGCUAGAAAAACCUCACCAAGAUGUUUUGGGGACUUCAGCUCGAGCCGACACUUCGUUACAGCCAACAGGUGCCUAAAAGCUUUCGUAUCACGAAGGCGACCCUCGAUGGCGGAAUCGAGUCCGGCACAACUAAGUCGAUUAGUACUGGCCAGGGCAUCGUGCAGGUGUUUAUUGAGAAGGAUGGCAACGAAUAUCCGAUUGCAACGCUGAGGCCAGGUCACGUGUACGACUGUCCGCUUGAUCUUCGUUUCACCGAUGGUGAGGACAUCUGCUUCUUUGUGAAGGGUGACGGAAUUGUGUACCUAACCGGGCACGAGCUGUUCGACGAGGGUGAUGACGAUGAACAGUUUUACCCCCUAGGCGAAUCCGAUGAUUCUGACGAUGUAGAGGCGAAUUACUCAGACGAAGAUUCUUCCGACAAUGAAGCAGACGUCGAGGAUAUAACUGAUAAACCAGAUUUGUAUAAUAAAGAGACUGCAUCCGGUGGAAGUAUUGCCCCUAACUUUGUGCGAGAAAAUGGCGCGUCGAAGGUGACUGUUAAUGAAGAUGAUGUUGAAGACGAUGAUGAUGAAGACGACGAUGAGUUCGAGGAGGAGCUCGACGAAGACUCUAGCGACGACAACGACGGCGAAGAAGACAAUGAUCUCGACGAGGACGAUGUUGAUGAUGAGGAGGAGGAGGAGGAGGAGAUCGUGGUGAAGCCAGGACAGAAGAGGCCAGCCGGACUUGUCAAUGGAGCGACUCCUGAGUCGAAGAAAGCGAAAACGCUGGCUAAAGAGACUCCGAGCGGCAAGAAUAAUGGCCAGGCUACACCUAACAAGCUUGAGAAACAGCCUAAAACGCCUAAGACAGAUAAAACACCGAAGGCCGAGAAGACGCCCAAGCAUGAAAAAACGCCAAAGUCUAAUAAGACCCCUAAGCCUGACAAAGACCAAAGCCAGGAUGAUAAAGUGAAGACUCCAGGUAACAGCGAACACAUCUCAUCGAAGGAGGUCAAGGUGGAGGAUAUUCGACCAGGCAGUGGGCCCAUAGCCAAACGUGGGAAAAUGGUAUACGUCUAUUAUACUGGAACGCUGAUGAACGGCAAGAAAUUCGACUCAUGUACGAGUGGUAAGCCUUUUUCGUUCAAGCUCGGUACGGGUUCGGUCAUCCAAGGAUGGGACCAAGGCAUUGAAGGCAUGAAGGUCGGUGGAAAAAGGCGUCUUGUGAUACCUCCACGUUUGGCCUAUGGAAAACAGGGAACUGGCCCUAUUCCGCCCAAUGCCACGUUGCGGUUCGACGUUGAACUCAAGGCUGUUAAUUAGGCUGUGGUUGGUUCUUCAUCAAAGCUUUCAUGAUGAUCUUAACAAACAACAGUCAUUCCUUGCAUCUCGUCACUAUUGCCCAAUAUUGCUCGAAAUACAUACAUAUAAAUAGCUUGUGUGGCUGGCGUGGGUGUUUCGCAGGACAGAAGUACAGAUAAACACAACACAGUAUGCAUACAUAUACGCGUAUCGUAAUUGACCACCGCCGGAGGGAUUUAACAACGAUUCAUUUUGUUGCUUUCUUUCAGCGUAGAGCUGAGAGGUUUGCAAUUGGCUGUUGUGGCUGCAACGGUACCAGCAGCCCAUUAUAGCCCACCUUAUUCCAUCCCACGUGGUUUUUCAUGCGACCAAUUUGACUUUAUUAUAUUCUCUCCAACUAUUUGCUAUCGGGCAUUUGGCGCUCCAUGAGUGAACAAGCAUAUGAAUUGCACAUUGUUAAUGGUGUGAGAAGAGAAGUGCAUAAAGAGAUGAUAUUGAGGUUCGAAUGAUUUCUCAGGUGAAGCAAGGAAGAGGGAUACAAUGUUCAUUUUGUAUCACCUCACAUCCAGUUGUAAUUGAGUGCUGUACACUGGCAGAGGCGGUUGUACAUAAUAACAGUAAUAAUAAUGAUAAUUAAUACGAAUAUAAUGAGAAUAAAGUGUACUAACUUGUAUCCGCCGCUUACGGUUGACGUACGAUCUUUCCAUAUGCGAGUGUCCCACGAAUGGUUCAAUAUUAAUUAGUUCAACAGGAAAGAACAAUACCGGCAGGUAUUGUAAACACAAACGAAUAAAGUGUUAAGAACGUUCUCCAAUAUUGUAAUUAUUGUGAAUUAUUAUAUUACAGUGAAUAUAGGCGAUUAGAGGAUCGUUGAAGUUUGUUUAACUUAGCCAGAAGAUCUACUUGUUUGCGGUAAAUUAUGUUCGGAUUUCGUACCCAACUAAGGCAUAUGCUGUAAAUUGGUCUGAACGAUAGUUAUAUGAUGAAACUGUCGUUAAUUAACGUACACUAAAGAAAUAGUUUUGAUAUAUGCGAUCUAUGGAGGCCUUAAAUUAGAUCUAACGUACCAGCCUUUUCCUUUAGCCUUGUUAAGUCAACAAUAAAACUCAAUCAUUUUUUGGGUAUUUGUUUCAA